AUGUCAGUCACUCUUCACACAACUGCUGGCGACCUCAAAAUCGAAAUCUUCUGCGAAUCUGUCCCCAAAACAGCUGAGAACUUCUUGGCCCAUUGCGCAAAGGGUACCUACAAUCACUGCAAAUUUCACAGAGUUAUCAAAGACUUUAUGGCUCAAACAGGAGACCCAACAGGCAAAGGUAAAGGCGGCGAGUCUAUCUGGGGUGGCACUUUUGCUGAUGAAAUCCGACCAGCGUUACGCCAUAACCAUCGUGGCGUUGUGUCCAUGGCAAAUAAAGGAACCCCGGACUCAAACGGAAGCCAGUUCUUCAUCACUUUGGGCUCUAAGCUCCCCCAUCUUGAUGGUAAAUACUCUGUUUUUGGCCAAGUCACUAUGGGCGUAGACUCUACUCUCACAGAAAUCGAAAAUGUCCCAGUCGACAAGAAAUAUAGACCCUUACCAGACCAUGAAAUCUACAUAGAAUCUGUCACUAUUCAUGCAAACCCAUUAGCGGAUUAA